AUGGGUGUAUAUGUAAGCGAAAAAGAUGUACCGAGCGAUGAGUUACUACGGUUUUACUGGAUAUACAAGAACUUUACGAUUACUGUAACUAUAAUUAUGGUGUUCUUUACCAUCUUUGUCAUGGUUACCUGUAAGUGCAGCAGGAAUAAUUUUAUUUUGAGUUAUUGGCCGAAAAGUUUAAUGAAAAUCUGUUUUUAAUCUAUAAUUAUUCUAUUUGUUUUAAGACCCAACAUAAAUAGUGGCAUUUAAAGAAUAAGUUUCAGCUACAACGCGUAACAUCAGUAAAUAUCGAUGGUACAUUGUUCACAGCUUAUUAUGGUAAGUAUUAUUAACAGUAAACGUAAUAAUGUGUCAUAUCAGUUAAAAACUUCUUUUGUUUAUAGUAAACCUUCUUUUAGUACAACAUUUACCCAACUAUAACAUGUUUCAGGUCGCUUUUCUCAGACAUAAUGGGUUACCUAGUAGGACCGGUACUACUGUUUCCCUUCUCAUGUUACUUUAGUGUCAACUCCAUCAUACAAACUGAUUUACAGAAGAUAGUAUUCCUGAUUGUUGGAGUGACAGCGAUGUUGGGGAAGAACAUCUCAGUCAUGUUUCAGUUCGAGCAUCUCUAUGUCAAGUCACAAUCUGUCGUAUCUGUGUACCAAAAAUGGUUUGGCGAUGUACCAGUUAGAAUAGAGGUACUAGCUAGAGGAGCUAUGUUGGUGGUGGUUUUUGUGGGUAUUGAAGUGAGUUGCACUACUACAAGUUCGUUGUUUAGUUAAUGUUUUACUUUAUACCUCUACUUCUAUGUUAACAUUGCGUCAGACUACAUAAAGAAUGAUUUUAGGUGCCACUAAUCUUUGCCUUACCCAACCAACCUCAACAACUCAAAAUCUACUCAAACCAAGACCGUGUCAUAUCGUAUCUGGCACAGAAGUACCCUAGUAUGACAUGUGUUUCCAGUACUCCUAACAUAUCUAAGCCUAUGAUGCCUACUUUCUUGCUUAUGAAUAUGAUAGCGAUCAUCUUCUCCGCCAUGUUAUUUCACAUGCACUUGUCGAUUCGACGAAACUCUCUCAACGUUCAAACAUAUCGACUUCAGAUGAUGUUGUUCUGGUCAUUGGCCGCUCAAAUGGCCGCCAUGUACCUUCUCAUCAUACUGCCAUUCAUUUUUGGCAUAGCGUGGAUACUACUGGGCGUAGCUAGAUCCCCUACGUUGGCUGUCAUCUGUUUUUGCUUCUUCUUCUUACAUACUUCAGUCAACUGUCUGUUGGUGUUGUACUUCAUCAAGCCUUACAGAGACUUUAUCAAAGGACAUAUACCUGCUUUCAGAAGAGAGUCCGGCAUUACACGGUCUGUCACUCCUAUGGCUUCAAUUAUGGCCAGACCUUAUCCCUCAAAGGUUUAG